CAGAUUGAUGACAAGGCCAGGGCGGCCAAUGACGAGGCGGCCGGGACAGGGGCGGUGGAUUCUAGGACCACGAGAACGUGUGAGACGACGAAGCCAGACUUUCACAUAAAACAGGCUGGCGUCCUCUGGAUUGGGUUGUCUCUGCUCCCCAUCGCUCUUUGUCUUUUCUCUGGCGUAUUACAGACCAUCUGCCGCUCCCAGUAACGUCGUCAAUAUGAAGUUCUCCGCUGUCGCUCUCACCUCCCUCCUCGCUGCCUUUGCCCAGGCUCGCACCUAUUCCAACACCACCACGACUCCCGUCACUACCAUCUCCAGAGUCAGUAGCACCGGCUCUGCCGGCUCGACCACCGACGCGGCCACCAACACUGCUACCGGCUUCGUCCAGGGCACCUCCACCUCGGCCGACGCGGGUGGCAUGCCCACUGCCGGUAUUGCAAUGGGUGCUCUGAUGGGCGGUGCCGCGCUCCUCGUCAACAUGUAAACGCAUUGCGAGCAUUUACAGGGCAUCACGUAAUAGUAUAUACCGGCACCGCGCGUCCGCUUCCCUUGAGAUGACGCAGCUUUGGGUGAAACCGCCACUAAAGCGUGUGUGGAGUCUCGGCUGUGAGGCCAUCCCCUGCAAUAUUGGCGUGUUGACGUGUGCGGAGACGGGGAUUUUCGCCAGGGAAGGGAGCCGCGCGGCGUAAAAAGAACAGGACUGUACCAGACAGAGUCAGUGUGAAUAAGGCAGCUAUCACUGGAAGUAUUUAUAUCCACAUGUACUGUAUCAAGGAUUGCAUGGUUCGUAAGAAUGCGGACGAACGCGCAUACCGCGUUACUUCAUCUUUUUGUAUUUCGUCAAGUCACACAUUUACCGUCCCUGGAUGGACGUGACACGUCGCAUACCAGCUACUAGGCCCACAAUAUCUUG